AUUACAGGUACCCCCCUUGUUGGGUCAACCCAUGCGGUCUCCAUGGCUGGUGCAGAGACGAUAUCACCAAGCCCAACAACUUCGAGUGUGUGUGCUACUCUGGCUUCACGGGGACCUACUGCAACAGCGAUGUGGACGAAUGUUUCGAGAGUGCAAAGUGUGGCCGGGGAACCUGUGUGAACAAGAUCGGAACGUACCAGUGUAACUGUACAGGAACUGGCUACACAGGGGACCACUGCGAAACACCUGUGUGCGGCUCUAUUGCCUGUGUCUACGGCUCCUGUGACCCCGUGAACCCACAGAUUUGCAUAUGUAACCCAGGCUACACAGGGAACGACUGCAGUACAAACAUUGACGACUGCUCGCCCGCCAACCCGUGCCAGAACGGCGGGAAAUGCUUGGACCAGGUCAACGGCUUCCUGUGUGACUGUACGGGGACUGGCUUCACAGGGACCACCUGUACAGCAGAAGGUGGGGCUGGCUAUCUUCUCAUUUAUCCGACUUCUCUUUUGUCCGACUUCUCAUUCUCAUUUAUCCGACUUGUCAUUUAUCCGACUGGUUUUCCUGUGUCCUCCCCAGCAAUCAACAACUGCGUCGACUCGGCGUGUCGCAACGGAGGUCUGUGUGUUGAUGGCGUCAAUUCAUACACCUGUGAUUGUUCUGGAACGGGAUUUACGGGCCGUUUUUGUGAAAACAAUAUUGACGACUGUACACUCACCUCGUGUCAGAACGGUGGUGUAUGUGUGGACGGUGUCAACUCAUUCACCUGUGACUGUUCCGGUACUGGAUUCGCUGGAGAAACUUGUGGAAGCACUGAUCCUUGUACGGAAACACCGUGCAAAAAUGGAGGUCGCUGCUCGGCGCUGGGAAACGGAAACUUUGUGUGCGACUGCCGAGGCACGAGAUUCACGGGCACGACCUGCACUGAGCCUGAUUCGUGUGCUGCAAUUCCUUGUCGAAAUGGUGGACGCUGCUCGAACCAGUUCAACACUUUUGUGUGCAACUGCUCUGGGACUGGGUAUACGGGCAUAACCUGUUCUCUGUUUGAUUUGUGCGCGGCAACAACACCUUGCCAAAAUGGAGCCCGCUGUUCCAACGAAUUCGGGGGCGGCUAUGUGUGCGACUGUACUGGGACUGGAUUCAAAGGCACAAACUGCACUCAAAUUGAUACCUGUGCCAAUGCUCCUUGCCAAAAUGGCGGUCGCUGCUUGAGCCUUGACAACAACUUUCAGUGUGUGUGUACGGGGACUGGGUUCUCAGGCCUGACCUGUUCUCAACCCGAUCCGUGCUCCAGAACGCCUUGCCUGAAUCGGGGCAGCUGCACGAACCAAGCGAACGGCGACUUUUUGUGCGACUGCACGGGCACUGGAUUCACAGGCACAACCUGUGCCGAGGUUGAUUCCUGCGCCAAUACACCUUGUCAAAACGGUGCUCGCUGCACGAACCUGGUCAACGGGGGCUUUAUGUGUGACUGUACUGGGACCCAAUUCACCGGAAUAACCUGUGCUCAAAGGGAUUUCUGUGGCUUAACACCUUGUCAAAACGGUGCUCGCUGCACGAACGAGCUCAACAACUUUGUGUGUGACUGUGCUGGGACUGGAUUCACAGGCACAACCUGUUCUCAAGUUGAUUCCUGCGCCAAUACACCUUGCAUAAACGGUGGUCGCUGCACGAUCCAGCUCAACGGUGGCUUUUCAUGUGACUGUACUGGGACUGGAUUCACAGGCUCAACCUGUUCUCAAGUUGAUUUCUGUGCCCAAACACCUUGUCAAAACGGUGCUCGCUGCACGAACCAGCUCAACGGGGGCUUUACGUGUAACUGUACUGGGACUGGAUUCACAGGCUCAACCUGUUCUCAAACUGAUUUCUGUGCCAACACACCUUGUCAAAACGGUGCUCGCUGCACAAACCAGUUCAGCAGCUUUUUGUGUGACUGUACUGGGACUGGAUUCACAGGCACAACCUGUUCUCAAAGGGAUUUCUGUGCCACAACACCUUGUCAAAACGGUGCUCGCUGCACGAACCAGUUCAACAGCUUUUUGUGUGACUGUACUGGGACUGGAUUCACAGGCACAACCUGUUCUCAACUUGAUUCCUGCGCCAAUACACCUUGCCUAAACGGUGGUCGCUGCACGAACCAGCUCAACGGGGGCUUUGUGUGUGACUGUACUGGGACUCAAUUCACAGGCUCAACCUGUUCUCAAAGGGAUUUCUGUGCCACAACACCUUGUCAAAACGGUGCUCGCUGCACGAACCAGUUCAACAGCUUUUUGUGUGACUGUACUGGGACUGGAUUCACAGGCACAACCUGUUCUCAAACUGAUUUCUGUGCCAACACACCUUGUCAAAACGGUGCUCGCUGCACGAACCAGUUCAACAGCUUUUUGUGUGACUGUACUGGGACUGGAUUCACAGGCACAACCUGUUCUCAAAGGGAUUUCUGUGCCAACACACCUUGUCAAAACGGUGCUCGCUGCACGAACCAGUUCAACAGCUUUGUGUGUGACUGUACUGGAACUGGAUUCACAGGCACAACCUGUUCUCUAAGGGAUUUCUGUGCCACAACACCUUGUCAAAACGGUGCUCGCUGCUCGAACCAGUUCAACACCUUUUUGUGUGACUGUACUGGGACUGGAUUCACAGGCACAACCUGUUCUCAACUUGAUUCCUGCGCCAAUACACCUUGCCAAAACGGUGCUCGCUGCACGAACCAGCUGAACGGGGGCUUUUUGUGUGACUGUACUGGGACUGGAUUCACAGGCUCAACCUGCUCUCAAACUGAUUUCUGUGCCAACAUACCUUGUCAAAACGGUGCUCGCUGCACGAACCAGUUCAACACCUUUACGUGUGACUGUACUGGGACUGGAUUCACAGGCACAACCUGUUCUCAAUCUGAUUUCUGUGCCACAACACCUUGUCAAAACAGUGCUCGCUGCACGAACGAGUUCAACACCUUUGUGUGUGACUGUACUGGGACUGGAUUCACCGGCACAACCUGUUCUCAAAGGGAUUUCUGUGCCACAACACCUUGUCAAAACGGUGCUCGCUGCACGAACCAGUUGAACAGCUUUGUGUGUGACUGUACUGGGACUGGAUUCACCGGCCCAACCUGUAUUCAAAAUAUUCCUGACUGUACAUCCACAUCGUGCCUGAACAGAGGUCGAUGUAUAGAUCUCGUCAACUCAUUCACCUGCGACUGUUCUGGAACUGGAUUCUCGGGAACAAAUUGUCAAAUCAAUAACAACGACUGUACUCCCACCUCGUGUCAAAACGGUGGUCGAUGUGAGGACGGCGUCAACUCAUUCACCUGCGACUGUUCCGGCACUGGAUUUACUGGAACAAUCUGUCAAGAUGGCUGUUCCAACGGUAACCCUUGCCAGAACUCGGGUACGUGCGUUGAGCAACCGCUGGGAGAGUACAGAUGUUCCUGUCCGACAGGCUUCAGUGGGGGCAACUGUGAGAUCUUGGAUACGCCAAACAACUGCCCGGACUACGUCUGUCCGGACGACGUUCCUCGGUACAACUACAUCGACUGGAACGACAGGAGCUGCAAGAACUAUGUGAGCUGCAAGAACGGAAUUCUCAAUAACGAGACGUGUGGGGACGGAGAGAAGUUUGACGUCAUUUCGAUGAAAUGCGUCUCCGAGUCGGCGGGAGUGUUCUGUGACAUCUUUAGGCAAUAAACGAAAUAACCUGAAGUUCUGACUGCGUGACUGUAUUGUUGUACGUUAAAGGGAAGUAACCACUGUAUUGUACAUUAAAGGGAAGUAGCCAAACUGCUGCAAUGUAUUGACUGUUCGGAUUAUUUUAAAUUUUGACUCCUUUUUAAAAAAUACUUUUAUAAACCUUACUGCAUAUAAUGUGGUAUUUUUCUGCAAGAAUCUCUUUCGUCUAAGUAGACAGGAUAUUGUAUUACACUGUUCUGCCUUUGUUUUUCAAUAAAAAUGAAUUUCAUAAAUAAAACACUACUGUUAUCAGUAGAAGUUCAUUUUAGAAAAGUAUCAAGGCUUAUUUCUCCCAACGAGCGAGAGAUUAUUGUCUACGAUUUUAUGUCCUAAGCUAGCUAAGACAUUUCAUCCACGACAUUCUGACUCCUCCAUUGCUAUCUGCAAGGCUUUUUCCUUCUUCUUUCACUCAAUAUAAUAAAGGCCCAGCGUUUUGUUGGGGGUUUUUUUUUGGGGGGGGGGGGACGGGUUCACAAGUCUCUUUGCUAUGCUCCGAAAAAAUAUUUCUUCUUCGUCUUUCUAAAUCCGUGCAUUCCAUAUAUAUAUAUAGGAUUCGUUCUGUUUUUCUUCUUUCCCCUCUUUUCCCUCACUUUGAAGAAAUGUUUUGUUUGACUGUUCUCUCUCUUCCGAAACACGAGCGACGCAUCAUAGCAGUGGCAGUGUCGUCCCCCCAACCCUUGUUAAAAUCUUUAAAUCUUUUUUUAGAAAAGAAUGUCAAGGGUGUUUAUUCAAAUUUACUUGUCACCCUACAUAUAUAAGUAUACAAGAUCAAUGCUUUUAAGAAGAUGUAUUAUGACUAUCUGCAGCUUAGCCUGAAGAAAAGGGGAGAGGGGAGGGGGGGGGGGAUGCUAUGUGGUUAUGGGUUGUUUUUUUUAUUUGAAAAGCUGAGGAGAUGUAUAUGCCAUCAGAACUGAUGCUUUUAUAAUUAAUGUUAUCACUGUUAUCAUUACUGUUGUCUACUUUAUUAGUAAAUGUAUUAUUAUUAUU